AUGAAGACACUUAAUUGUUACGUGCUGUUACUUUGCUGGAAAGCAAUUUGCUGCAACAGCUGCCAGCUCACCAACAUCACCAUAGCUGUGGAGAGAGAAGAAUGUGAAUUCUGCAUCACGGUGAACGCCACGUGGUGCUCAGGAUACUGCUUCACCAGGGAUCCAGUGUAUAAAUAUCCACCAGUAUCAACUGCUCAGCAAACCUGCACCUUCAAGGAGGUUGUGUAUGAAACAGUGAAGAUCCCUGGCUGUGGUGACCAUCCUGAAUCCUUUUAUUCUUACCCAGUAGCCACAGAAUGUCACUGUGGCACCUGUGACACGGACACCACUGACUGCACUGUGAGGGGACUGGGGCCAUCCUACUGUUCCUUCAGCCAGAAUGGAAGCAACCAGUGA